AUAAAUAGUUACAAAAUAAUUGCAUCCCAUGUACGUAACACUUUGUCACGUCGUUCAAGAAAGACUAGGCUAGGCUGGAAGUAUUCUCCUCCACAGACUAGACUGUACACUCGCCCAAGUACUAGUAGCUGUCACUGAUUGCUGAAGUCGGACCAACCAGUCGGAAUACACUAACUGUUGCCUGUUCUUACAACAUUUUCUAGUACCUACAUUGUACCUUUGUAGUACUCAGGCCAUGGCCCAAGCCAUGCUUCCGAACAGCAGGGUACGUAGCCUACGGCACCUGAGUCUUUACGCUAUAGCUGCGAACCUGGACUGGCUACUGUUCAAGGAGUUUUCUGAGAACCUGGUCAAGGAUGCUCUCUACCUGGUGGGCUCAACUGUAGACUGCAUGGGUCCGUUCGACGUGGCCGAUCUCAUCGAUAUCAUGGUGGAAAGGCAGAGUCGUGACCUGGUCGUCAACCGACUCCAGGCGCACUUUACUACAACGCUACGCACCAGUCAUCUCUUUGGACUGCUGCACCAGAGCCUCGAGGUGCUGUGCAUGCAAAAGUGCGGCAGCUUGGUCACCCCUGGCUUGCUUGCCAAGCUCACGGCCAGAACACUGCCGCUAAAAAAGUUACAACUUGCUGGCCUGUCAGCAAAGACCAUAUCCCGACAGAGUAUCUGUGACUUUCUUGUGGCGUGCUGCAAGCGUCUUGGCAACCUAGCAGUAGUAGACAGUCUGAGAAUAGAUGGCAGCAUCAUUAGCUGCAUUGCCAGUGUCUGCCCGCAUCUGACGUCGCUGGUACUGGCAGGCUGCACGUCGCUGGAUGCCAGGUCGUUGCGCCCUCUGUGUCAAGCUAGCUUCACACCAUCCCUGGUCACGCUGGAUUUGUCAGAUGUUGAGCUGGACAGUGAACUGCUGAGGAGUUUGCUCACGGAUUUCAGCAGUUUGCGAGUGCUAAUGCUUUCUGGCGCCUGUAGUGGUUUCUCCGUGAAUCCAGUUCUGCUGGCAUUAGAUCAAGAUGAUGUACCAGCAGCCGCUCCGUUGCACCAAUUGGAUCUAAGCUUUAGCGACUUGGAUGACUGUGCCGCUAGGAGCCUUGUAACGAGGUACACUGACUUGGUGAUUUUGACUCUCACUGGCUGUGUGGAGCUCACUCAGGCUGUAUUUGAAAGCCUGGCAAUGCUGGAGUACUUGAUGGAGCUGACACUGAGCAGCGCCUAUGACCAGCAAGGCAUGCUGUAUGGUUUCAGCGCUCUGGCCGAGCAGUUUGCUGACAUGUUUGCCGGACUUGCCGUGCUGCACGUGAGAGAGGUAGACACAAGUGCUGCACGGUCGUCCUUGGCGCUGCCGUACCUGAUCGAAGCCAUGCCGAAUCUAGUUUCUCUGGGCCUUAGCAAGUUUAUGCUGCACACCAGUGGUAUAUCCAGCGAUGUAAAAGCAAUAUUCCCAUGUUUGGAAAGGCUUGCCCUGAACCAGAUAGACUUUGUUGGGGAUGAAGUGCCCUUUUUUAUCCAGUCCUUGCCACCUACUUUGCACACUGUUCAACUUGCUGCAAAGACUUUGACAAUACAGUAUCUGCUCGACCUGUGUCCAGUGUGGUUGGAGUCCGUUCAAAGUCUAACCAUACGCGAUCCCGACGCUGUUGGCAGCAAUAUAUCGGAGCUCCUCGUGUUUUGCCACCGCCUGGAGGAAUUAACUGUAGUCACACGGCCGCUGGCACGUGGUGCUCUACUGCGAACGCUUCGUCGCUUCAAGACCGUAGAUGUCAAUGUGGUGUUUCUUCAAGACAACGAGUUUUAGUAUCAUUUUCCUAAGAGUAACAACGGAUUAGUCCAACAUUUUAGUUCCCCGAGCGUUCUAGUGCCUCGUGUAUGGUAAAUGUUUGUAUAGGGCAUAAAUAAGGCAUUUUUUUAAAUUUCUUCUCUCUCACUUGGUGUACAACACCUUGAAUUCCAUGCAUACUUUUCCAACCCACUACACGGAUUCUAUCACCUCUUUGUCCAGUAUUCAUUGUGUUCGUCAUAGUCUCUUGUUUGCCUGUAUUUCUUCUGAAGAAAGGCUACGACAACGUUCAGGAAAACAACUACAUAUAAACAAAACAGCCAUGAUCCGUGUGGGUGUACGCGCCAAUUGCCCUAUUUAUGGUAAUAAUGUGUACCUGUCCUUGUCUCCAUGCAAAUUAUUUUAUUUUUUAUUGAAGUCUAUUCUUAUUUUUAUAUUUAGUAUAACUUAGUAUGCAUAUGCUGAGCCGGGUAGGUAUGUACUUGCAGUACAUCAAACUUCAAAGCAAGUGGUGUUAUUUUUUUUCAAUGGUGAAUUUAACACUGGACAGAUUGGUUGCUUCUUAUUCUGGAGCUCGUGCUUUCCCUGCUGACUAGUCUUGACUCUUGUCCCCUCAGCUUUAUUUUUCUAGGUUAUGUCUCGUAGUCAGUUUAUUUUAGGUUCCUUUUGCUGCCCGGCACCAGCCAGUCGUGUCAUCAUAGUGAACAAUGAACAGUUGAUGUUCGGCAUGUGAGUAUUAUACUGUCAAGAGUUUAUGUACUCCUGGUCCACGAACAGGUAUACAUGGUA